CCGCCGCCGUCCCGGCCCGCCCCGCGCCCGCUUCCCGGCGUGCCCCGCACUGGGCUAAAGGUCGCGGCGCGGAGGGGGCAGCAUUGGCUCGGCGGGGACGCAGCGUCCCGACCCCGGUCCCGAUCCCGGUCCCGGUUCUCACCCUCCAUCGCCGCCGCCGCCAUGGCAAAACAGCCGCAGCCCAUCAGCCCCUUGAAGAACUUCUUCGCUGGCGGUUUCGGGGGUGUCUGCCUGGUGUUCGUGGGGCACCCGCUGGACACCAUCAAGGUCAGACUGCAAACCCAGCCUAAGCCACAGCCUGGCCAGCCCCCACUCUAUUCUGGGACCUUUGACUGCUUCAGAAAGACUCUUGUUGGAGAGGGAGUCCAAGGCUUAUACAGAGGAAUGGCAGCUCCCAUCAUCGGGGUGACACCCAUGUUUGCUGUGUGCUUCUUUGGGUUUGGCUUGGGGAAGAGACUCCAGCAGAGGAAUCCUGACGAUGUUUUGACAUAUCCUCAGCUGUUUGCUGCUGGCAUGUUGUCAGGAGUGUUCACAACAGUAAUCAUGGCUCCAGGAGAGAGAAUCAAGUGCCUUUUACAGAUCCAGGCAGCUACAGGUGAAACCAAGUACAGUGGCUCCCUGGACUGUGCCAAGCAGCUGUACCGCGAGUCCGGCAUCCGCGGCGUGUACAAGGGAACCGUGCUGACCCUCAUGCGAGACGUCCCGGCCAGCGGAAUGUACUUCAUGACGUACGAGUGGCUGAAGAACAUUCUGACCCCGCAGGGAAAGAGUGUGAGCGACCUCAGUGUGCCUAGGAUCCUCUUUGCUGGAGGCCUGGCUGGGAUCUUCAACUGGGCAGUUGCCAUCCCACCAGACGUGCUGAAAUCACGUUUCCAGACUGCUCCUGCAGGAAAAUACCCCAAUGGCUUUAGGGAUGUGCUGAGGGAGCUCAUCAGAGAGGAGGGAGUUGCAUCUCUGUACAAGGGCUUCACAGCUGUGAUGAUCAGGGCCUUUCCUGCCAACGCGGCAUGUUUUCUCGGUUUUGAAGUCGCUAUGAAGUUUCUUAACUGGGUUGCACCUGGUCUAUGAAGACUGGGAAGUCUGGAAACGAGAGAGGAGAAGGAAGAGAGUGCAAUCUGCCUCACAGGAAUAAAUUAAUGAUCACUUAAAA